AUGUCCAUCCCGCUAACCUCUAGCGGUACUCAAACUGCCGGUCCUAGUGCAUAUGCAGACUCAGCAAGAAGGGGUCGGGUACGAAAGGCACGACCCAGCACCGACCUUCAAUCUGAAGCAGGGCCAUCAAAGGCUCCCGAACCACGGGCGACUCGGCAUCAGCACGAUGAUCCAGUUCUUUCUGCCCAAGAAGAGGCCACUCGCAUCUGGAAAGCCGACAUGCGCAGACUACUCGAACAGGCCGAACACCGCUUUGCUGACAUCUGCUGGACCACCGCCAGCGCGGAAACUUUAGAGCAGCACGACUUGGAUUCUAAACUCGACCACUCGGCUUACGCACACUCUGAAACUGCCGGCCAAAGUAGCUCAACCGCAGCACACUACGCCUUGAUAUCAACAAAGCAUGCAUCGCUACCAAACCCAACUGCACCUUCGGAUACACUCAUAUGGGCUCACAAAGCCAUCUUGUACGCACGCGCUACCAACACCUUUCAAACCCGCUUCCUCAACUUGCGCGCACCUGCUGCUCAGCUACGACAUAUCGGCUCCACCGCCAGUUUCAUUUCUCUACCUUUGCAUCAAAGCGAAUCGCAACUAUCCUUGGCUUCCAACUUUUCCGGCUCCACCCAGACGGGCACCGUUCCCACGCCCACCACAAACUCUGCGGUUACGCGUCCAGGUGUUCCAGCAAAGCCACGUUCUUCAGUUCGCGGCGCAGCACCCCCAAGCAGCUUCUCUAUGAGGAAGCCUUCAUUACGCAAGCCUGUCUCUAGAUCUAGCAUCUCAAGGCCGCUGCGCAAGGGUUCAAUUGAUGAGGCAAAUUCGAUCGCUCUGGGCUUUGCUACAAGUGACAGCGAGGGAGAAGGUGCGCCGACUACCAGUCUUCGUGCCUCUCGACUGAUCAACACGGGAUCAACGGCAGCAGCUUCGCAUACUACGUCGGCCAUUUCAUCCGCUGAACGAUCUGAGCCGGGUACAGGCGGACCGGAACGCAAAUCGUCCUUUGCCUCAGUCACGUCUACCGCUGACUCACGUCUUAUGGACACGCGCUCGGUCGUCAGCGAUGGCAGCACUCUUCGCGCGCCCAUCAGUCUUGGAGGCGUUAGUCCGGCCUUCUUUGAGGCAACGCUUCAAUACCUCUACACCGGCGAGGAAGACAUGGUCAACACCUUCGACUUUCUCUUCGAAGAUCGCUUGACUCUUGACUUACAUGCCUCGCCAGAAGAAAAGCUCGACAAGCUUCGAUCUGAUCUCACAUUCAUGUGGCGCAGCAAGCUGUUCUCUGACGUCAAGCUCGUUCUUGGAGACGAUGGCGGCGAAGACAAGAGCGACAUGGAAGGUGUUGCCAGCAACAACAACGGUAGGCAUCGUCGGCGUGCUCCAACAAACUUGAUGGAUAUUCCAGAUGCCAACAUGUCGGUCUUGUCCCUAGCACAGACCAUCGACACAGACAGGAUCGAAGACUCAGAUACAGAAGACGACGAGCUCACCUCGUUCUCGACACAUCGAAUGAUCCUUGCUUCACGAUCGCAGUACUUUGCAUCGCUACUGCUCUCGCCGUAUGCUGAUGCGCGCGUACCUGUGCUACACCUACCAUCGCCGCCGUUCACUUCCGCUUCACUUCACUUUACCCUGGGCUUUCUCUACACGGGUACCCUUUUCUUCUCCAAUCGUACCUUCGACCUCUCCACCGCCUUUUCGCUUUGGCGUGCAGGCGCAUAUCUUCAAAUCGAGACGCUCCAGGCACUCGUGACUGCCCUCAUCGACCGCGAGUUUUGUCACGGUUUUGCAUGCUCUCCUCCCUGUCGCAGAUGUGCCAAGCGUGUACCCCGAACACUUGCAUUUGCCACCAGUCCUGAUGUCUGCGAGCAAGCAUUGCAGGAAAAAGCCAUUGCUGCUGUCUCGGGCGCACACUUUGGCAUCUACUGGGCCAAAGACGUUGGAAACCUCGACCCGAUGCUUCAAGAUCGAAUAGUCGACUCCAUCUCGGAUCGCCUUACUCAGGACCCAACUCUUGUCGUCUCAGUGUUGCGACAGCUCUCAAUAGUUGGCCAGCGAAUCGACACGGAACGGUCCAAUCGAUGGGUGGAAGCAUUGCGAAGCAUGGCCGAGACAGUCGAAAAUCGAGUCAUGCCAGUCCUGCACGCCAAUCUUGACAAGAUCGUGCAGAGUGCUGCCUGGUCGGAUCUGCUCGACGGCGUUGGAUUUCUUGGAGACGUCUUGGAAAAAAGCCUCGUCAUGCUCAUCGAUGGGCUGACCGAGGCCAGAGCUGCACAGGUCUAUCAGACGCUCGUGGGUCAAGUUUUGCUGCGAGAACAAGGAUUCGAGGUGAUUGCAUCCAGAGAGGCGGUAGAGACUGCUCGCGCGAGCAUCUUGCGCUACCUCAAGAAACGCUGGAUCAAUGUCAGGGCACUUUCAGGAUUCAACAAGCUGGAGAAAUGGUGUUUGAAGGAGAUUGCUGAUGAGUUGGAGAUAACAACUACCGAUCUGUAUUUGGCAGAGGUGCCGCCAAGUGUCAAGUCUACAGCUUUGCCUGGUAGGCUGAUGGCAGCAAGGAGAAACAGUUCGCUUGGAGGUGGUGCCGUUGCAGCUUCAGCUGUAGCUAGCGGUACAGCGACGACAAGGGGCAGUGCACGUCAGAGUUCAUCGCUCGGUGGCGCGGUUGAUUCAAGUUGUUCGAGCAUCAUAUCCUCCGCUCCAGCUGCAUCGCCAACGGGAACAACAGCCUCACCGGCUAGGAAGCUGAUACGGGACGAUGACGAGCGAGGGGACCUCUCCAUCCACAUGCGAGCAGCUGUACUCAAUCGGAAUGCAGCCAGAACUUCAGUUGCCAACGGACACAGGUCCACGUCUUGCGCUUCGGCAUCCUCUACGUCCUUCUCAGCCGCUCGUUCCAGCCCGACUCCGAAUGGUGCCAUGUCUACCAUUGCAAGGGCCAAGGCUGCCGAAUCGCCGCCAUCAAAUAUCGCUAAGCCGACGAUGACAGCCUUGUCGACCGCAAAGACAAGUGGUGUCAGCGCGUCCGUUGCAAGGUCCGUAACACCCAGCGCGGCAGCAUCAAGCAAGCAGCAAAGACUUCGCACCACAAGCGGUAUUAGCGUGGCCAGUGUUGCAAGCACACGUUCGACCAACAGUAAAGCCGCUAUCACACCGACUGCAUCACCUAAACGCAUUCCAGAUACCGUUGCAGCUGCUCGCUCUUCGCCGACGACAAUCAACCAGGAGGCCAUUCCGCCGCGCCAUCCCACCAAGCUUCCUGCCUCAGACAGGGACAAGACGCCCACCAAGGCCAUUCGUCCCGUCCGCUCGGCCACCGCUCUCCCUCACUCGCGCCCCAGUACAGGCACAAGCGACCCGAAACCAUGCGCAAAUUCUAUCGAUAGCGCUACACCCACCAAAUCGGCUAAGCCGCCCGUUCUGGCUCACAAGUCGUCCUUCUUACGAGCCACACCUGGUCCAGGCGGGACCUUUUCACUUUCAUCGACGAGUUCAGGUGCAGAUCUGCGUGCUAGGACGAUCAGCAAUGCUUCGAAUCGGAAGGAGGAUGCAAUUAGUGGAGAGGAGGCUCCGCGAGCGAGAUCGACAACUCCAACUAGAAGCAUGGUGACAAGGACUUCAGCUUGCGCGCAGAGCUCCAUCGGUAGCAGUGGUAGAGCAUCAGCGGAUAGAGCGACGGCCGAGGCUGUAGGAGAAGCAAUGCCCGCUGAUGCAGUGCAGAACGUCCAACGAGCUCGACAGGCUUCCUCGACGGCCUUGCCGAGGCGCGAUUCGACAAAGACGAUUGUGUACUGUCCCGAUCCACCCUCGGAACACGAGCGCGCACACGAAUCUCAGGUGGAGCAGAACGAGGUCAAGGGAGUGGUAACGAGCGUCGAGGGUGGAGUGAGCCUGCACGUGGCGAUUGCGUGUAUCGUUGCGUUGCCUUUGGGUGGAUCGGCCAGUGAUGCUGGAGCUGCUGGUGCUAGUCGACCAAGCGCGAUCGAAACGCGGACCAAGUCAUUCGCAACGCGACCGUCGGCUUCCUUGGCAGCGGGCGGCGGUAAACGUUCGACGAUCGCAACCAGCAGCAGCGCCAGCCAUCCGAAACCACUACCAUCCGUCACUUCGAGGGCGUCCCCCACGGCAACACCAGCGGGAGCGGGAGCAGGAGCGGCACAGGGAGUGGGACGCAAAUUGCGUGCCGAAAUACGAUACCUCGGACCGGUCUUGGGCACUCGCGGCGUGUGGGUUGGCAUCACGCUUCGCGUUGCUUGUUCGGAACUGGCAGCACUUGGUGCAAAGUCGAUUCUGCGAUUAGAAAGGGGGGUGUACAAGGGCGUGCGCUACUUCCAUCCCGACGUUAACGAUCAAGACGUGACGCAGCAUAUGUCGGGGGUGGGCGCCAAAGAAGCACCGAGAAGCAUGGAGAGACGCAAACAACUGUGCACGGUGGUCUCGCCAGGGCGGCCUUUUGCUGCAGCGCUCGCGGUAGGGCAAAGACAGAUAGAAAGUGCUGAUUGGGAAACGACGGGGAAACAGAAGGCCGAACUGGUGGAACUGUUUGUACGGCCGCAUGCCGUGGUCUGGGUUGUUCAGUAG